UUGAUCUGCUUGUGAAUCCAGGGACGUUCUCCUGGUCAGGUAUGCAGGGUGCAGAUUGUGUGCUGCUCACAAAGUCACAAUGUAGGCGAAACACCUUGUCAUCGCAUGGACAGAAAGAGACAAAGCACGCGUCAAAGGAGGGAUGACGGGCUGUCACGUGACCCUGAGAUAGGACCCCCAUUGACGAACCUGACAAAGCCAAAUGCUGGAUAAGAAAUCUCGCCAACCACCCUAAACCUCCACCUCAACACGCGAUCCUGCCACAGCGCUCCUGAUACCCCGAACAGUGCACGCAGCGAUUGAACAUAUUUCCAGCUCUGCACACGCGCGACUUUCCCAGAUCAUUACACGCGAUCGUCCACCCGCUCACCCGAUCGCCGCCCCCUCGUGCCAGACGCGGUCGACCAAACCAGCCUCGCCACGGCACCUAGUGUCACGACCCGAACACUGUACCCAUACCACGCACCCGACACCGCGACCAUGCCUGUCGAGGUAGCCCUCAACACACCGCUGGCGGACGCGCUGACCGCCGCCGUCCAGCCCAAGCUCAUGGAGGUUGGCUGGGCCGGCGACAGCAACGACUCUGCCCUCGCGGAAUACAUCAUCCUCAUGCUUGUCAAUGGCAAGGACCAGAACCAGAUCGCCGCCGAGCUAUCAGGCGAGCUCCUCAAUCUGCCACCCGAAGAUCCCACGUCGCACGACUUUGCGCGCUGGCUGUUUGAGCAAUUAGCACAGCUGAAUGCGCAAAUCAACGGGCAACCCGCCGACAACAACGCUGCGGACGCUGCAAAUGGCGGCGCGCCGUCAAAUGAGAUGGACACGGACAUGGCAGCCAACGACGGCCCUGGUUUCUCUGCUCCGACUGGACCGCGCGCCCUGCGAGAAGGAAACCUCAGAGGCGGCCGGGAGAAGCGCAUGCUCGGCCACGUAUCGAAAGCCAUGGAUCGGACAGGCGACCAGGCGCUGCACCGGGUACGGGGUCGUGGCGGCAUCGACACCCACUCGCGCAACGGCCUACGGGGCGCGAUGCGCGGAGGCAGGGGCAACAACCGCAUGAACAACAUUCAGCACGGCAUGGCAACAGGCAUGGGCGGCCCCAACAUGAUGAUGGGCGCUGCGCCCGGUAUGGAUGUCUACGCGUUGCUCGAGCAGCAGAACCAGAUGAUGAUGCAGCUACAACAAACAAUCAUGAACAACAACAGCAACAGCAGCGGAGGGCAUCGCGGACGCGGAGGCAAAUUCGAUCGCGGCAACAGGCGCGGCCGUGGUGGCCACGGACAGCACCACCACAAUGCCCACGAGCAGACGAAUGCCGAAGGUGGCGAGGCCGGCGACGUCGACAUGUCUGGCGAGAAGCGCGAAGCCCCCAACCCCGAGGAGACUGUCUGCAAGUACAACCUCAACUGCACGAACCGAGAAUGCAAGUUUGCGCACCAGUCGCCGGCGGCGCCACGUGGUGCCCAGAUCGACGUGACCGACGUGUGUAGCUUUGGGGCCGCCUGCAAGAACUUCAAGUGCGUCGGCCGGCACCCCUCGCCCGCCACCAAGCUCGCCCACCAGAGCGAGCAGGACUGCAAGUUCUGGCCCAACUGCAGCAACAACCGCUGCCCGUUCCGGCACCCCAAUAUGCCCCUGUGCCGCAACGGGGCCGACUGCACGACUGCCGACUGCAAGUUUACACACGUCAAGACCAAGUGCAAGUUCAACCCCUGCAAGAACCCCAAGUGCGCCUUUCAGCACGACGAGGGCCAGCAGGGCGGCUUCAAGGACAUGGUGUGGACGCCCGGGGGCGACAAGGACGUCAGCGAUCGCAAGUUUGUGGAGGAUGGUGGGAACCCUGAGCUCGUCAAGCCCGAGGGCAACGCGAUGGAGGAUGAUUCUGGGGCUAAGGACGCCGAGGUCAUCACCUAAGUUAGGUGGUCCGGCCGGCCGUAACGAUGUGUAUGAGAAGAGGAAAUGUAUAAUGCCGGCAAAUGUGCAGCGAGCCCAGCCGGCUGUGAGGUGUACAAGAUUGGAGCCAUGAAGAAAAUUGGGCAAACCGAGCGGCGCUUUGGGCGUAUGUAUCAUUCGCUUUCUACGGGGGAUUCUGCGUAUGCUUAGAUAUAUGGCCAAAAGUGCCAAGCGGACAAUACAUAUACUCCUCCGCUACUACAAACACUCUUGCGCUCGUCUGUGAAUUCUGUGAA